AUGUUUGUAGGUCUAUGGUAUAAUCGACCUAUGUUUAGUCCAUGUGCAUCGUGGAAUCCAGACGCGACUACUUUUGCAAAUCAAAGUACAUUUGGCUCCCACACUCAUGGGAUCUUUAUCGAUACAUACAAUACUCUCUACGCAGGUAGCGGGUCCAACAGUUUCGUUAAAGUAUGGCCCAAUGGUAGUUCAACUGCCACAAGAACUAUUCAAGGUGGCCUGUCUGGGCCAUACAGUUUAUUUGUUGCAAUGAAUGGUGAUAUUUAUAUUGACAAUGGCGCGUCUAAUGGUCAAGUCGAUAAGUGGAUAUUAAAUGCUACGAACGGAACACGAGUAAUGAAUAUUAGUGCAUCAUGUUAUGGUCUCUUUAUUGACACGAAUAACACAUUAUACUGUUCCUUAGCUAACUUAAACAAAGUAUUGAAAGUUGAUCUCACCAGUGUUUCAAGCACACAAGUGAUGAUCGCUGGAAAUGGUUCAAGUGGAUCGACAUCAUUGUUGCUUAAUUCUCCUUUUGGAAUCUAUGUUGAUACAGACUUCACUUUGUAUGUAGCAGAUUCUAAUAAUGAUAGAAUUCAACGAUUUCGGUUCGGUGAGUUGAAUGGUAUAACGAUAGCAGGAGCUACGGCAUCGGGAACCAUUACACUCAAUAAUCCAAAUGGUAUUGUGCUUGAUAGAAACGGAUAUCUAUUUAUCAUGGAUACUGGCAAUUAUCGUAUUGUUGCAUCGAGUUCUGCUGGAUUUCGAUGUGUGGCUGGGUGUUCAGGUCAUAAUGGAUCAACAGUAGACACAUUAUACUAUCCUCGUUACAUGGCAUUCGAUACAUAUGGCAAUAUGUUCGUGAGCGAUGAUAUCAACGGCAGGAUUCAAACAUUUUAUCUUCAGUCUAACUCUUGCCGAAUUAUUGGUUAUUUAAAAACGGAAUAA